AUGAUGAAGUUUAUAGAUGAUUCCUCUGGAGGUAAUGAUCUACAUAAAGCAGUGGACCUGGUGUGUGAUGACUAUGGUAUUAUCAACACUCCAUUCUCCGGCUCUCUGGCGGGUCCAGUGAGUCGGAAAGACCCCGCUGGGAAUCAGUAUGAUGGGGUGAAACUUCUGAAUGAUGUGCACUGUGUUAAGAUCUUCAACAUCCGUCCUUAUCGUUACGUCGGCCCGGUGGCUCAGGGAGAAGCCUUGGGUUAUCUGUUGCCACUGCAGGAACGCUUCUCCGGCAUCACGUCACACCUGGAGCUGCAAAUGUGUGACGGCACUGACCCUUCACCUUUCAUAUGACCUCUCCUCACUCAACUUACCCUCAAUCCUUCACUUUUUGCAGUGCUUAAUAUUAGAGCCAUGACCCUGCAGAUAGAUUCUCUGAUGCCUAAAAAUGAUUACGACACCUUAUAUUAGUUCAGACUUUUCUGGGUCCUGAAAAAUGCUUUUUUUUGGCUAGUCUAUGAUACAACAGCCCCAAUCCUCUCCAUAGAAUACCAGCUUACAAAACGUUGCUCUCUCUAAUGAGAUCAUUUCAAAAAUAGAUGUCUCAUAUUAUGUUAACCACAUUGUUUUUUCCCCUAACG